AAAAAAGGUGUUCAUUUUCGGUUCGGUUGUGGAAGAAGACAUUUCUUGGGCAAAAUGGGUUGUGUAAGUGUUUUAUUUUCGACUAUUCAAUUUAGUGAUAAAUUUGUGGAUUUUUGCGUGUACAUUACAUUGUUUGUGUGAUUAAUAUCGUGCAAAAGGAACAAUUUUAUAUGGCUAUGAAUAUGCAGUUACACUGGCAUCAAGCGUAAUGGCGGGCGCUUGGGUAAAAGGCUAUGAACUUACUCCAGCUAAUUCUGAAUGGUCCAUGCCUGAACAGUAUGCACUCAAAAUGAAGUUCAAUGUUAUGAAUUAAAAAGUUUCUAAAAUUUCUACACCAUAUCCUGAAAAGAAUGUUAUUAACAUUUAGUGUUGACGCAAAAAGAUGGCAAGGCUCUGAAAAUACGAGUCAACAUCUGUUCAUAAUGGAUUUUUGUUAGAUCAACCUCCAAGAUCAUACAAGACAACCAUGGAUUCCGAAGAACAUGUGAUCUUGGUAUCCGACAGUGAUCAACUAUUCCCUCUAUACCAAUCCAUAGAAUUCCAAAAUUUAACUUCGAAUUUCUCCGAAGACCUGACUUUCUACAACACAAAUGGGUCAUUUAAUUGCGACGAGAGUUUCCUACAACAACCACUAUCAUCUUCAUAUUUCAGAGCCUUGGUAUAUUUUCUAUACUGCUCCAUAUUUUUCUUGGCAGUUGCUGGAAAUGGUUUAGUGUGUUUCAUAGUUCAGAGGUCGCCGAGGAUGAGGACUGUCACGAAUUUAUUUAUUGUGAAUUUGGCAGUCGGAGAUAUAUUGAUGUCGGUGUUUUGCAUUCCUUUUACUUUUGUGUCAAUAUUGAUAUUGCAUCAUUGGCCUUUCGGGAUGAUCAUGUGCCAUUUGGUGAAUUUUUCGCAAGCUGUGAGUGUUCUGGUCAGCGCGUACACCUUGGUGGCCAUCAGUGUGGACAGGUACAUGGCCAUAAUGUGGCCCCUGAAACCGAGACUGACCAAGCGCAGCGCGAAGGCCAUAAUUGUGCUCGUGUGGGCGAUCGCGUUCCUCACGGCGCUGCCAAUUCCAGCCGUUUCGAAGCUCAGCCAGCCGGCGAGCUGGCAUCAGGAGUGCAACAAAGUAAUUUGUCGCGAAGAAUGGCCUUCGGAGCGUCACUCGUACUACUACAGCAUGGCGCUCAUGGGUCUGCAAUUUGUUGCACCGCUGGCAGUUCUGAUGUUUACGUACACCCGCAUCGCGAUCGCGGUGUGGGGCAAAAGACCCCCGGGGGAGGCGGUCGAUUCCAGGGACCAGAGGAUGGCGCGAUCCAAACGAAAGAUGGUGAAAAUGAUGUUGACUGUGGUCGUCGUAUUUACCGUAUGCUGGAUGCCGUUUAAUAUUUUAAUGGUGAUAUGGACAAACGACGAAUCCCUCGGAGGUUGGCCUCCCCUGCCGUACGUGUGGUUUUCCUUCCAUUGGCUAGCGAUGUCGCAUUCGUGCUACAACCCAAUAAUCUAUUGUUACAUGAACGCACGUUUCCGCGACGGAUUCGCAAUCCUGCUGAGUCCAGUGCCGUGCAUCGGCAAGCUGUUCAGGGGGCGCAGGCGGACGGGCACCGAAAACGGGGGCACCAUUGGCGGAGGCACGUCCGCCAGCAUGGGGGACCAUAGAUAUGGACAUCCGAUGUUUGGUCUGGAGCAGGAGCACAUCGGCCUCCGUCGAAUGAACACCUGCAGCACGUACAUCAGCGUCAAGCGGAAAUCGUCGCCGGCUCGUUGCCACUGCUCCUUGCUAAACGGCGGCAACUCGACGCAGUUCUCUCCCAUGAUGGUCCAGACGCAGGUGAUGGCUGCGCCAAUCUCGCGGGCGAAUUCGCUGAGACGACCAGGAACUCUUACGGGAAACGGCGCCUCUUACGAGAACAAACUAGAGGCGUUCUCCGAGGACCAGAUCUAGAGGUGGUGAAAGAGGAGGAUGAAAGUGACUUGGUGUAUUGUCAUUGUUGAUGAUGGGGUGAUGUAGGAUGAUAUAAUUAACUGAAGGAUUUUUGGGUAAUGUGAAGCACCAUGCACUAUUAAAUAUUCAGUGCUAUAAAAUUCUAGUGAUUCUGUGAUGUAUUUAUAUAUAGUGACUGAGUGAAAAUAUCUUGUAUAUAAAAAAUUAUCAAAAUGUUGAUUUAUGCCAAAA